GUUAUUAAACUACGUGAGAACAAUUUUGAUCUAAAUAUCUUCUUCUUUCUCACUUCUCAGGUUUCAAUUUCUAGUUUUCUGAAUCAGACAGAUGCAAACGUUGAGAAAUUUUUUGAGACACCCAACGAUUUCCAUUCUAGAAACAUGCAAAACGCUUAAACAAAUCAACCAAUUUCAUUCUCAAUUGCUAGUUAAUGGUUUCCUCAAUCACCCAGAUCUUUUAUCCAAAUUUGCCGCAUCAAUCGCUCUCAAACACCCAACCAAUAUCGAAUAUGCUGUUCAGCUUCUCGACCCAUCUCAUAAUCCAACCGUCUUUGCUCUCAACUCUCUCAUUCGGGUUUACUCCAAAUCCUCAACUCCUGAAUACACCUUCCGUUUCUAUAAUUCAAUAUUACUAUCAAAUCAAAAACCCGAUAACUACACCUUUACCUUCUUGAUCAAGUCUUGUGCACAGUUUAAGGAUUUGAGUUUGGGUUUGGCUGUACAUGCCACUGUUUUAAAAUAUGGGUUCCAUCAGGACCCGCAUAUUCAAAGCGGGUUAAUCAAUAUGUAUGCUGAAAUGGAGCUUCUAGGACAUUUAAAAGAUUUGUUUUUGGAUAUUAAUCAACCCGAUUUGGUAACUCAGACAGCAAUGCUAGUGGCGUGUGCAAGAUUGGGAGACAUUGCUUUUGCACGCCAACUGUUUGAUAAAAUGCCUGACCGUGAUGUCAUUGCCUGGAAUGCGAUGAUAGCGGGGUAUGUCCAGUGUGGGGAACCGUUGAAAGGAUUGGAAUUGUUUUAUGUCAUGGAAACAAAUGGUUUGAAAGUUAACGAGGGGUCGAUGGUUUCUGUUUUGUCUGCGUGCACCCGGUUAGGUGCUUUGGAUACGGGAAGAUGGGCACAUGAAUAUAUAGAGCGUAAGAAACUAAAAAUUGACGUGACGUUAGGUAGUGCACUCGUGGACAUGUAUGCAAAGUGUGGGGAUAUUAACAUGGCGAUGGAAGUGUUCUGGGGGAUGAAAGAAAAGAAUGUAUACACAUGGAGUUGUGCCAUGGGAGGACUAGCGAUGAAUGGUUAUGGUGACAAGUGCGUUGAGUUGUAUAGACGUAUGCGCCACGAAGAUGUGAUGCCGAACGAGGUUACAUUUACAUCAGUCUUAAAAGGUUGCAGUGUGGCUGGGUUUGUUGAAGAAGGGUGUAAGUUGUUUGAGUCUAUGAAAAAUGAGUUUGGGAUGGAGCCAGAGCUUGAACACUAUGGGUGUAUGGUUGAUUUAUAUGGCUUAUCUGGACGCUUAGAUGAGGCGUUAAACUUCAUCUAUAGCAUGCCAAUUCGACCACAUGCAGGUGCUUGGGGUGCUCUGCUGAAAGCUUGCAAGCUUUAUAACAAUGUUGAAAUAGCUGAACUUGCUUCUAAAAAGAUGGUUGAAUUAGAGGGUAACAAGGAUGGUGCUUAUGUGCAGUUGUCAAACAUUUAUGCUGACUACAACAAGUGGGAUAGUGUCCAUUGUGUGAGGCACAAGAUGAAGUCGAAAAGGGUUGCUAAGGUUCCCGGUGUUAGUGUGAUUCCUUGGCCCUAAGACAUGCCAUUUGUGUUUUAGUAGACAGGAUUAUGAUUCAAAUCAAUGAACAUGUUCCUGCUUUUUGAUCACUUUCCCUUCUUAAUUCUUUUAGCGUUUUAGUACAACACUUGCCCCUUAUAUAAAUUGUCCGUCAUGUUUGAAAA